AUCAGCUCCACAAGUCUACAAAUAGAAAAUGGCCACCACUUUUGCAGGUUCAAAGUUCUCGAAACAUGUUCUAGUGGCCGACGAAGAAGAAGAGGGGGAGGAGGAGGAGGAUUCCGCCGAGUCCGGUUCCACGUCGUCGUUCAGCCUGCAGGAGUGCAUCGAUGAGUUCCGUGCCCGCCGCAUCCGCCGGGUGUCCACGCAAAGUCGCGACUGCGAAAACAACAACAACAUGCCCAGGCAGCCCCGCAUCCGCAGAUCCACGGAUGCGGACCUAAUCAACCAGAAUCGCUGCAACAAGGAGCAGGAGCGCAAGGGGAAGCCCUGCCAGAAUGGCUUCUGCUACUGCUUCACCAGCGACAGCGGCGAUUGCGGCUCCACGGCGCCGCCACGUGACCAACACGUGCGAUUGCCUCGACGCAGCAGGCGUUCCGAGGGCUCUAAGCCCGCCAAGCAGAACAAUCUGGACAGCCAGCGACAGCAGGCGGAGAAACUUCAUCCAGCCAAGCCGACCAACAUAAAAACCACCUAUAAAACCCCUCUAACCGCUGUCAGUCGCCUGAAAGCCGUUCACGGCGAGGAUGAACCGCUUAUCCACAUCAUCCAGGAGCUGCACGAGAACUGUGUGGUCUCCGAGGUGCGCGUAAAUCGCCAAAAGCUGCCUCUUUCCGGCUCCAAUUGCCAGCGGCACAGGCACAGCUCGCAGUCCACCAAAAUGCAGUCCUACGAACCGAUAGCCUACCAGCCCUCGGCUCCCGUGCUGUCCAACAUCAGCGAACAGGAGUCGGCUGUGGAGGAGGAGCAGCAGCAGGAAAAGGAGCUUCCCCCCAGUCGCAGGAGCUCCCGUUCGCGUCGCAGUUCCGGAGCAGGUGGACGCCUGCUGCAGAAGCGACUCUCGCAGGGCCAAGUCAGCUUCAAGGCACGCGAUUCCCAGUUGCCGCCGCCGAAGCCACCGCGACGCGGCUCCCAAAGUCUGGACGGGAAGCUGUCGUCGCAGUCCUCGCUCACCUCCACCAAUCCCUCGGUGCGCGAGGCGGAGCGAGUGCUGGACGAGUUUCUGCGCAAGCGCGGCGUUCAGGUGCCCGUCAGCAAGGUGGAACCUUCGCGCAGAUCCUUUCCCCUGGCCGAGGUGGAGAAGCCCAAGAGCCACAAACAUCUGCCCACCUGCCCCUCACUCAGCGACAUUGAGCGCGUGGUGGAGUCCAAGCGGGGUUCGAACUACGCAAGGAAUAUUCGCCAGGAGAGCAGUCGGAAAAGUGCGCCCAGCAAGGAGAUCAUCAUUGGCUGGACGGAGCCGAAAAUCACCGAUAUGUUGAACUACGAGGGAAAGUCGGCCAGCGUGUUUAAAACGCCGGCGGAACCGCAAGUGGCUAUUGGAUGGCAAGCGCCUAGGCAACAACCGCAGCCUGUGGUCCCAAAAGUUUCCCUGGACACUGUGGACGGCAGUGUGUGCGAGAAUCUUGCCUCGAAUAUAAAACACAAGGACACGCCCAUUAAAUAUCCAAGCCAUACAACUGGUGGGCAGGCCAGUCAGAAGUUUAUCUGGGGUGAGCAGUGGCGGAAUCUCUCCCCCUGGAAGGCUAACAAACCGAAGAGCCUGGGAAAGAAAUCCAAGAACUUUCUGAACAACUCCAAAAAGAAAAUCUUGCGAUUUGUAUCGCCCAAGAAGUCUAAUCAAGAGGAGCCACCGAGGGAGGAGCCCAUAAAACAGUGCACUGUUGGCGUGCAGACCUCUACUUCGCAGCUGGACCUGCACUCCCAGUCGCCGCCGGGCAGCUAUCACUCACCCAUGCAGACCACGCCCUCGGCCACGACCACAUCCACGCGCCAGCAGUUGGACAGCAGCGAGCAACCCUACUUUGAUUUCGAGCGCAAGGUGAACGCUCCGACGCCGCCAAAGAAGCUGCCCCGCGUUAACAGAGCUCGCAAGUUGGAUUUUCAAACGGAAGCGGCACCCACCACGUAUCGCUCGUACCAGAAGGACCUCGAUCAGGAUGUGACCAUCACCAAGAUGGGCUAUCUGCUGAGCAGCAUUCGUGCCAAGUUGGAGGCCAGCGAUGAGAGAGCAUUGAGAACCUUUCGGGACUGCUCCCGCUCCGAUCCCCUUGAGCGAGCUCACUUUCAAACCGAGAGCUUCGACUGCACAGAUGGACCCAGCAGCCUGGCCACCACCUCCGUGGCCACCACCCGACUGCAGCGUGAUCUCGACAGCGAACCCAUUUACUCGGAGAUCGAGGAGGACUGCUUGCGGAUUAGAGGAAGUCCGCAUCACGAGGUUAGGACUGCAGCGCAGUUAAUAAACGAGACUCCGACGCCAACAGAAAGCUCCACGGCAUAUGUGAGUGAGUCCAUGCCGGAUGCAACGCCAUCACCCGCUGAUCUCAGUGCCAUGUACGCCAGGGUGCAGAAGACGCCGAAGAACUCGCCACAAAUGAAGCUUCAGGAGCAGGCUCAAGUUAUACAGCCGCCAAUAAUUCCGCCUGCUGUCAAUAAACAGAUAAGGCCUCCUGUUAUUCAAAACCAGAUAAUGGAUAAGGCUGUACAACCUACAAAAACUAUUCAGCAGUUACCAAGCCCUGCGAUUCAACCUCCCACUCAACCUGUGGCUUUGGGUCACUUUCUCCACGAAUCCCUGAAGAACGGCAACUUCUUUCAGUUCAUGCCACUGCCCGAGGAACCGAGUGGCACUGAAUCCUCCUGCUCAGCCAGUCAGACUACCGAGUCCUCUGUUAUACGCCAGCCCCCGGUGAAGUCGCCUCCUCCGCUGACCCAUCAAUCCCUCAACAAUAUCAGCGAGCAGCAUUCGCCGCCCAAGAAGAAUCGCAAUCUCUCCCGCUCGGAACUUUCCCUGCAGCGCAGCGAGAUCUUUCUGGAUAAUCUGUGUCGCAGUGAACUGGUGCUGGAUCGCCUGGAAAAGGUGCCCAAUAACACUUCCCAGUUGGAUUCCGUGUCGUAUGACAUGCCCAACGAAGGCGCCGAUGAGUUGUAUGCGGAUUACAGCUUGGGUGAGGCGGGCAGCUCCUUUGCGACCAACGAUUAUGGCUCUGGACACAUUGAGCCGGAGCCGGCUAACCAGAGUACGCCGAAAAAGAAGCAGAGCCAGCGGUUUACGACCAAGCCCUCGCGCAAUCUAACCAUUGAUAUAAACGAUGGCCCAGCCACGCCGUUGCGUUCGUUUGGCCAGAAUCUCAGCUUCAGUUGCCCCACAACUCCCCAGCAGGCGGAGGCUUCCAAGGUGGAGGAUCCCGGCCUGCACAACAGCAGCAGUUUGGGUGAGCUCAUGCAGACGAUGCCCAAUCCCAGCGACAGCCAGUUGAUGUCGGUCAGCGCUUUGGCUCGCUAUCGCCUGCUAAAGAAUGCUCUACGUCGGUCGUAUCGCAAGGGCAAGGAUUUCUUCCUGGCGGAGAAGCAGCGACUCACUCACAGCCUCAAUCUCUCGAGGGAUCAAUCGAAUCAAACGGACGGGGAGCUGGACAGCAGUAGCUACUAUGCCAGCUUUAACCUCGACUCCUUGUUGAAUGAGUCGCUAAAUCCCAGUGAGCAGCUGGCUCAGGCUGUGAGUAUAUGUCGUCAGAUGCCGGAACUGGAGAUCUCUGCUGAGAUGGUGGAGGCGGAGCGACUGCUGCUCUUCUCCAGCCUGCAAAAGGUAGCUCCUCUUGGCUGUCAAUUAAGUGAGACUGCCUUGGCGGCCAGGCGGCAGUCGCAGUGCCUUCUGAUCGAUGCCAUGGAACUGCCUGUGCGGGCCGACGUCAGCCAGGAUAUGUUUUUCAACUACCACUACAUCUGCACCUUUGAGUGCGGCGGACGCAUUCGCUCCACGCAGUCGGUGGAGUGCCAGAAUGGUUCUGCCAUCUUUCGGGACUGUGGUUUGGAGUUUUAUAGUGGUGAUAAAGCGGAAUCUUUGGAGCUGCGCUGUCAGAUCUUCAUGCUGCGCCUGCGCAAGGUUUCCACUCUGGCUUUGGAGCCCUCGAAGUCACUGCGAAGAGGCAGUGGUAACUUAGGUUCCGCCAACUCGAGUUCUUCAGCGGGUUCUAGUAACGAACAGAUCAUCUCCCGCUUUCGCCUGCAUGCUUCCUUUAAGCUGCGCGCCAUGGAUUUGGCACCCUUUCAUCUGGUGGCUACAGAAUCGAGAGCCAGCGAUAAGAUCUGCCUGCGCAGCUCGCGAUCCUGGCAAUUGCCUUUAACCACACACACCAAAUCCACCAAUUUGGGACCGGCUAUAUCGAUUACGGGUAGAGUGGAUCUACGGCUGCCCAAAGGAAGAUUUUCGGGCUACCUAAAUGUUCAGGAUCCGAAGAACAGGCACCACUGGAAUCGAAGAUGGUGCAGCCUGGAUGGCGUACGCCUCUCCGUUUGGCAACAUGAAGAUAAUCUAGGAGACGACUCACCCAUUUUCUCGCUGGAGCUGCCCGGUUGCGGACAAUCCUCGAUAGCUGCAGCCCCGCGGGAUCUUUGUGCCCGGGCCAGAAGCUUUUUGGUGCAGGGAAAGGAAUCUGAUUAUGAGUCGGGAGUGUUUUUUGCUGCCGACACUCAGCCGGAGCUCCUAAAAUGGCUAACGCACUUGAAUGAGGCUCUGGAUUUUGCCAGGCACUGGCUAGGUUCCACCUGA